AUGUCUUCUCCCAUGAUGAGAGCGUUGGCCGCCGCCGCCAUGUUGGCGAUGGCCCAGGCCCAAGGUGUCAUUCUUGCCGCGCAAGGCCCCAACGGCCCUGCUAGUCCAGGUCUUCUAGUCGAUGCAAACAAGGCGGAUGCAAACAUCAUCAACCAGAAGGAGAUUGUGGACAAUGUCGUCAACGAGUGCGGCCGAACCAUCCUCGCGGGCAACAUCGAUAUCGGCGAGACCACAGAGGCUCAGCUGGGCAACAACACCGUCACGAAGGUCACAAAGGGAUCUAACGUCGACGUCACCAUCGCCCAAGUCAGCCCGGACGGCGCCGGACCGUACAGCUGCGAUCUUGACUUGACUAGCAACGCCAACGGUGCCACGGGUCAGACGAAGCUUCAGGUGCAAGAGGCAGGGGCACAGAGCGGACAGAUCAAGCUCAAGGUCACGAUGCCGGAUGACUUGGCUUGCGUAGGAGCCUCCACCGGUGAUGUCUGCACCGUCCGCUGCUUCAACGAUAACGCGAAGGGUCCCUUUGGCGGCUGCUUCGCUGUUCAGCAGACGGACACGAAGCCUAAGCAGAACACCCCUGCCAACAUUCCCACCGCCCAGACCCUUGACGGUGUCCUGAAGCAGGUCCAGCAGAACAUUGUCGACCUCCCUGCCGCCGUCAAGUCGAACCAGGAAGCCAAGACUCAGGACGAUCAGGGUGUUACUGCCAUCAAGGAACUCCUCGGCAACAAUGCCACUCAGCAGGCUGCCGGCCCUGCCGGCUCCGGCGCCAACACUGGCAACAACAAUAACAACAACGGAAACAACAACAACAACAACAACAACGGCAAUGCCAACGCCGGCAAUGGUAAUGGAAGACAGAAGGGCAAGGGCAACCGCAAUGGCAACAACAACGCCAACAACGGCGGUGCUGCGGCCGGCGGCAACAACAACGCCAACGCUGGCAACAACAAUGCCAACGCCGGCAACAACAAUGCCAACGCCGGCAACACCAAUGCUAAUACCGGAAACACCAAUGCCAACACGGGCAACAACGGAGGCAACGGACGGACCCGGGGCAAGAACAACAACGGCGGUGCCAACACCAACGCCCAGAACGGCGGCAACAAUGGUAAUGCCAAUGCCAAUGCCAACGGAAACAACAACGCACUGCCUCUGGCAACUGUUGGAAAGGGCAACGGUAACCGCCAGAACCAGCAGAACGGCAACAACAAUAAGCGUGACGAGACACCAGAUGCUGUGCUCCGCACGCGCUGGGCCAGGAGGAACCUUCGCCGCCGCGCUGCCUAA